CCCCUGGACAGUGUCCUCGCUUUGAUCUUCUCUAACUCCCCCCGGCUCCCACUCCGGCAGAGCGGGGAGGACCCCUGCGCCAUGAGCCGCUACAGCUUCUCCAACCUGAUGGACUGGAUGUAUGGGGGGGUGGACCCCAGCUUCGAAGGCAAUGGUGGCCCCCAGUGCGCAGCCUUCCUCCCUUGGCAGCAGCGCCUGCUGGAGAGCGUGGUCUUCCUGGCCGUGGGGAUCCUGGAGAUCAUGUUCUCUCUGCGGAAGAUUGGACGGUCCACAGCCAAGGAGGCCGCCGACCUCUUGGCUCAGUCCCGGGUCAAGGAGGAAAGCUGGGGCAAGAACUUCUUGCUGGUGGCCCUUUGCCUGACUUUUGGGCUUGAAGUGGGAUUCAAGUUUGCUUCCAGGACUGUCAUCUACUUGCUCAACCCUUGCCAUCUGGCUACGAUGAUGCAGAUUUUUCUACUGGCUUGUCCACCCUGCCAUUUCUCAAUGAUUCUAUUCAGGUUGCAAAUGCACAUGCUGAAUGGGGCCCUCCUGGCUCUCCUGUUUCCUGUGGUUAACACUCGACUGCUACCUUUUGAAAUGGAAGUUUAUUACAUUCAACAUGUCAUGCUAUAUGUUGUUCCCAUCUAUCUGCUACGGAAAGGAGGUAUCUACACUCCUGAGCCAUCCUGGAAUUUCUGGUGGACCUUACUCUCCACUGGAUUGAUGUUUGUCUACCACUACAGUUUUUUACAGAUCUUGGGACUAGUCACGGAAGUGAAUUUGAACAACAUGCUGUGUCCAGCUAUUUCGGAUCCUUUCUACGGCCCCUGGUAUAGAAUCUGGGCAUCUGGGCACCAGUCACUCAUGACGAUGCUUCACGGCAAACUCAUAACCCUCCUUUUCUAUAAUACCGUCCCAAUCUUUAAGCUCAGUGUGGAUGCACUUCGAUCCCCAGAUAAGAAAAUAUCCUGAGACUCCUGGCUUUUGUUUCUUUGUUGAAGGAUCCAGAGGAGAACCAGUGGUUGUUUUGGGGGCUAGAGAAGAACACCGUAUAAACUGUUCAUGGUUUCUGUAUUAUGACGUAAGGUCUAUCUUCCCACUAUUGUUCUAUUGAACCUUCAUUGCCUGUAGCUGGCAAUGAUUGCAAAACAUUGAUUGCAAAAUGUGGGCUUGUUCACAAAAAGCCACAUGUGAACUUAACAGUGCAACUUCUAACCCUGCCUCUUUGGACCUUUGGAGUUUCAGAUGCUCAUCACAUCAUGGACUACGGCUGGUGGAAAGCAUUGUUCUAUAUUCUCAUUACUUCAGUGAGAUUUCCUCCUGAGUGGCAGCUGUUUAUACCUUCAGCCCUUCCUUGCACAUGGUCUUGGGUUGUUUUGUUUCCUGUUGAUCUUGGGCAUGAAUAGUAUUUGGUGCUUCCUCACUAUCAGUGCAGACGAGAAGGUUCUGCACUGUUAGAAUUGGUUAAAUAUAUGGGGAACAGUAACAAUGUACUUGCUAAAUACUGCCUUCUGAAGCUCCUGAACAUUUAAGCUGUAGAGUGCUCAGAUGCCACCAUAUCUGCUGGCACCUCCCAGAUUGCUCUUCUAAAUUAAUUGGCGAAAAACAGCUUAAUUAAGGUAAUGAUUUAGGAGCCGAAUUUCGCAAAACCGUGUCUCAGUGAAUGGCAUUGCUCAAGAAAACCUGUCAAUUUGGGGUUGGGCUCUACGUCAUACUUAAGCAUACGUAUGUGAAUGUAUCACA